AUGAGCAGGAUUCCAAUGCUGUUGUUCUGCACUGUUUUGACUUUUGAGGGCAUUGGCAUUGGUGCAGUGAGCGUGGAAUCUGGAGGCACAGGGCUCGUUACCUCGGAAGAGCACAGACCACCACGCGGCCUUAGUGUAAGUAUCGUGAAGUAUUGA